AUGAGCGGAGGAGGCAACAUUAAAGUGGUCGUACGAUGCCGACCAUUGAAUUCCCGAGAGCUUGCACGCGGUGCCAGUUGUCUUGUGCGUAUGGAUGGCAACCAAACCAUAUUGAAAAAGCCAGAGGAACUCAAGGCGUCGCCUAAGGAUACGGAUGACACCAAGGCAUUUACAUUCGAUCAUUCUUACUGGUCGGCCGAUAAAAACGACCCAACCUAUGCCGAUCAGGAACGCGUAUUCCAAGACCUGGGUGUGGAUUUAUUAGACCAUGCCUUCGAUGGCUAUAAUUGCUGCAUCUUUGCAUAUGGUCAAACGGGUUCUGGAAAGUCGUAUUCCAUGAUGGGAUAUGGUGAAGACAAGGGUAUCACUCCUCGUACAUGCUGUGAGCUUUUCGAACGCAUCAACAAGUUGAACGACGACAAUUUGACAUGCCGCGUGGAGGUGUCGUACAUUGAGAUCUACAAUGAAAAAGUGCGUGACCUUUUGAACCCCAAGAACAAGGGCAAUCUCAAAGUGCGUGAGCAUCCUAGCAUGGGUCCUUAUGUUGAAGAUCUUUCCAAAAUGGCCGUCAAUUCGUUUGAUGAAAUCAAUCAUCUGAUGGAUGAAGGCAACAAGGCAAGAACGGUUGCUGCUACCAACAUGAAUGCGACUUCAUCACGAUCCCAUGGCGUGUUUACAUUGAUUCUCACUCAAAAGCGCAAAGACGAGGCAACCAAACUUGAGACUGAAAAGGUGGCCCGCAUCAGUCUUGUGGAUUUGGCGGGAAGCGAACGUGCCAACAGCACUGGUGCCACUGGUGAUCGUUUGAAGGAAGGUGCCAACAUCAAUCGUUCGCUUACCACCUUGGGCAAAGUCAUUGCUGGUCUCGCUGAACAAUCCAUGCAAGAGUCAGGUGCCAAGAAAGGUCGCAAAAAGGAGGUCUUCAUUCCUUAUCGUGAUUCGGUGUUGACUUGGCUUCUUAAAGAUUCGUUGGGAGGCAAUUCCAAAACGGCCAUGAUUGCUGCCAUUUCUCCAGCUGACUACGACGAGACAUUGAGUACGCUUCGAUACGCUGAUCAGGCCAAGAAGAUCAAGAACAAGGCUGUUGUGAACGAGGAUCCCAAUGCCAAAAUCAUUCGUGAGCUUAAGGAGGAGCUUGACUUGUUGCGUAAUCGACUUCAUGUUUAUGCACCUGAUGUGGCCGAGCAGCUUAUUGCACAGAGCACCUACAAAGGGGCCAAUCAUAGCACCAGUCGCAGCAGUGAUGGAAAAUCAAAAGCUUCACCAGCAGCACCUAUCACCAUGUCCAAUGCUGAGCAGGAAAUUGAAGUGGCGGACGCCAAUGGUCAAGUACGCAAGAUGACCAAGAAAGCCAUUGUUGAGCAGCUUCAGACUUCUGAGAAACUUUUGGCCAAUCUCAAUGAGAGCUGGGAAGACAAGCUCAAAAAGACCGAGGAGAUCCAUACCGAACGUGAAAAGGCCUUGGAGGAACUUGGCAUUGCUGUGCAUAAGAACAAUGUUGGUGUCUAUACGCCAAAAAAGAUACCUCAUUUGGUGAACCUUAGCGAAGAUCCACUCAUGUCCGAAUGCCUUGUUUAUCAGCUCAAGCCUGGUAAAACCCACGUGGGCAAUGAGAGCAGUGAAUCAACAGCCGAGAUACGAUUAUCAGGACCCAACAUUCAAGAUAUGCAUUGUAUCUUUGAGAAUGACAAUGGCAAUGUGACCUUAAUUCCCAAUGAUGGUUCUUUGAUUAUGGUCAAUGGCAUGCGCAUCGAUGAACCUCGUCGCUUGAAAAGUGGUUUCCGCAUUAUUCUCGGUGAUCGGCAUUAUUUCCGUUUCAAUCAUCCAGAUGAAGUCCGACGUGAACGGGAUCGCCAAAAAUCAAUGAUCUUGUCUUGUGGUACCAAUAGCAAUGGCCCUCCCACGCCUGGUAUCGCUAUAGAAGAACCAUGGCCUGGUUCACCCAUUGGUGACAAUUAUACGCUGUAUUCAGAGCCCAAUGAGAUCAAUUACAAGUUUGAUUCGCCUGCUACUAUCAGUGGAUUAACGGAUGAUGAGCUUGAUCGACUUUAUGGCGGCAUUUCCAAGGAGCGUAAUUCACGGCGAUCGAGGCCGGUAAGCCGGGCUACGAUUGCGUGCGACGACGAUGAUGGAUCAUCUAAGGAUUCUAUUCGUAAUUCUAUGGCGACCACUACUAUUGUCGAUUUGGAGAGUGUUUGCACGGAUGCCACUGCCAUUAAUAGCGCUGAGGUUGAAGAACGCAUGAAAGCCGAACGUGAGAAAUUGCAAAAGGUCUUGGAAGAACAAAAGCAAUUUUAUGAAACAAGGAUCAAUCGUAUGUCGAUGCAGCUUACACAACCAUCAUCGGAUCAGCCUUAUUUCGAAUACACGGAUGCUGAACGUGCUUGGGCAAUGAAAGCAUUCACCAAUUGGAAAGGAUUACGACGUGUAGCCAUGGCUGAAGCGAUCUUGACACAUGCUGUGGAGCUUAAGGAAGCCAACAUUAUCUCGAAGCAAUUUGGCAAAGACACCGUAUACCAGUUCACAGUGAUUGAAAAUGGCCAAUUUGCUACACCAUCCUCUUGCUGGGAAACGACUUCAUCUGCUUUGCAUGACAUUCAAGAAGACGACGAUCCAGAAUUGAUGGAAUGCCCCAAGCCUUGUAUUGGUGUACGCGUGAUCGAUCGAAAGCAUCAAACUCUUCAUGUUUGGUCACUUGGCAAACUCAAAGCUCGUCUCAAAAAGAUGCGUGAUUUGCAAAAUGUCAUGGAUCGCCCAAUGUAUCGGAAGCAUCUCAAUUGGGAAGAUCCUUUCUAUCAAACCGACCCCAAGAAAUACCAUCUUAUUGGUAGUGCGGCUGCUUCGGUUCGCAACCUUGUACAUCAACAAUCAUACGAGAGCUGCAUUAGCAUUGUGUGUCGCUACACGGGCCAAAUCAAGGGCAAAUUGCGCGUGUUGAUUUCACCCAUGAUCCGUGCAUCACAAACGCACAAUGAAGAUAUGAGCACUUUGGAACCCGGUCAGCAAAUGGUGUUUGAAGUGCGAUUAUUGGAGCUCACCGGCAUGAAUGAAGAAGAAUUCACUCAAGUUCACGUGCAAUUCCGAUUAUCGUCAUUUGGCAGCAUUCCAGCUCAUUCGACGGCUGAUAAGGUUUUCGCCACUGAUCCACAAAGUAACUUUGCUACAGCACCCAUUCAGCUCGACUAUAGCCAAACGCUUUCAGUCACCGUCACCGAAAAUAUGCUCAACGUGUUGACCAAUGACAUGGUGUCAUUCGAGAUUUAUGGAAAGAUUCAACCACGUGCAUUACGACAAUAUGAACGAUGGGAUGAACAGCGUGAAGGAGGUACCAUGACUCGAUUACCCUCUCGGAGCAAUAGCCGGUGCACAGACCACCUUGUGUACGACCCUAGCGGUGGUUUUGAGCGGCGACCCGAAGAGGAAUUACUUGCAGCUGAACGCCAUGAUGUCGUUGCACGUGUUCAAGUAUGCGAAUUGAUGGCCAAUGGAAAAUACGUUCCUGUUCAAAUAUCAGCACAAAACGAAUUGGAUCGUGGUGUCUUUGUUUUACGACAAGGUUUGCAACGUCGUAUUCAAAUCACGCUGAGCCAUACUUCGGGUCGUCAAUUGCAAUGGACAUCUAUGACCAAUGCCACUUUGGGUCGCCCUCGCUUUUUGGAUGGUAAAGGCCGCAUCAUUGAUCCUCCCAAUGGUGGUGAUGUAUCCAUCAAGCUUGGUCAUCAAUCCGUUGUGUAUCAUCAAGAUGGCACCAGCGAAUUAUCUGCCUAUGCUUCAUGGGAUAGCUCACAACACGAAUGCCCCUUUUUGAAUUGCAUCACAACCACAAAUUGCCGCAUCAUCCUUGAGCUCUCUUGGCAAGUCGAAGCUGAAAAAUGUGAUAAACCCAUGCAAUUCAAGACCGACAUUGCCGUGCAAAUCCAAGGACGCACAUCGUCUGCUUUCCGUAAACUUCUUGGGCAAUCAAAAAGCUCACGUGUGCUUGCCAAUUACAACUCCAUCUUCAUGGUACAUUUGCGUCCACCUAUGACUCGACGUGUAAGCCAAUUAUGGAGACUCAAUACAGCUGGCAAAUACGUGCGUGGUGAGGAAUUGCUUGUGAAUGAUCCUUGGAGACCACGUGGCGUAUCACUUGUCAACGACUUUGUUGCCACGCAACGCAAGAUUCAUCGAUUGGAAGAAGUUGCUAGAACAGCUCAAGUAUUGACACUCAAGGCAGCUCGAUCCCAAACAAGUAAUCGGUCCAUGAGCCUUGUUAGCAACAAUGAAGACGAGAACAAAGAAAAGCUUUUGCGCAAGACGCUUGAUCUUUGGAUGCUCAAAGAUAAGCAAGAUCUCGUUAUUAGCCAAGAACCUCCUGCACAGCAACAGCAAUUGCCUGAGCAACAUCAACAACAGCAGCAGACCCAACAAUCUGAUGCGAAGUUAAUUGCUGAAGUGACCUUGAUGGCCAAGACUGGUAAUAUCACCAAGAAAGGCUAUAUGACUUUCCAAGAAAGUGCUCUCGAUAACAAGUGGGUCAAACGUUGGUUUGUCAUCCGAAGGCCCUAUAUUUAUAUUUAUACCAAUCGGUCUGAAACCGAUGAACAAGGCGUCAUCAACGUAUCCUCGGUGCGCAUCGAUUAUAACCGUAACUUGGAAAAGAUGCUCAAUCGAAACAACGUCUUUUCAUUAUAUACCACCAACAAUGCAUACACCCUUCAAGCCAAUUCCAAGAGCGACCUCGCAGAUUGGAUCACCAAGAUUGAUCAGCUCUUUCCUUUGGCCAAGCUCCACUCUGAUGAAUCAAUAUGA